AUGAUAUUAACUCACAGUGGACAGGAAGAAAGUAAGGACAGGGAAACACACAAAACGAGUUACUCACCAGAAGAGAGGUUUCUUGCCGAAAGGGUAAAGAGAUUAGUUGAUCAAGUACAGAAAGCAGUCGAACAGCAACUCUCAGGAGUCCAGGAUCAUGUCAACUUCAAUCUUCGGAAAGCCUACUUCAAGUGCGCUUAUGACUGCUUCGACAGGCAGAGAAAUCAACAGGAAAUAAGUAACUGUAUAGAAUACUGCAGUGUCCCUGUUGUUCAGGCCAAUAAUGCCAUUGAAGAGGAGAUGUCAAGGUUUCAGGAGCGGUUGCGACGGUCUUUGAUGGUUUGUCAAGAUAGAUUAGAGGCAACCAAAUUCAUUAAUCAAAUGGAUGUUUCACACACCAAAGAAUUUGAAUCAUGUGUAGACCAGACAAUUAAGGAGCAGAUUCAAUUAUUACAUCAUGUUCUUGAUCGAUUGAAGUUGGCACUGUCCAAGAGCGGAAACCUAUAA